AUGAAAUAUCAUCGACAAUAUGUUUGCUUGCUUUUGCAAGUAAUUUUUUUUAUUUCAAAUUGUCUCGCGGAAAAUUUAAUACUUAAUAUAAAUGUCAAGAAACCGAUUGCAGUAACUGAUCGCGCAUUUCUCAGUUUCACUCUGGAUCCGGCAACGUUGCAGUACAAUGACUUUAUCAAAAAUAUCGAGAAAAGCAUGAAUUUGGCGCGAGGUUUGACACCUGCUUAUAUUCGUCUUGGAGGACCACAAAGCAAUUUUUACAAUUUUGGACAAGUAUAUUCGCACGAGAUUAAUACGGAUCGAAAUGACAUGCAUUUUGGAACGCAAUGGACACUUAUUUAUCAAUGGGCAAAAAACACCGGAUUAGAUGUAAUCGCAUGCAUCACUCCUCACUAUAUUGAUAAAGAAUUUAAAACGGAUUCCACGGAUCCUAGGAACAUAGCAGAACUUCUCUCUUUCAGUGAUCGUAUGGGUUACAACAUCAGUUGGCAGUUGGGCUAUGAAUGCCAAACGAGAUGCGACUUAUCUGGCGAAGAACUAGGGCGAUACGUUGCCAACUUCCACGAAAUACUGAAAACUUUCCCAAGAUAUUCCAAUAGUUUAAUCACGGGACCAGACAUUGUAGCAUAUAGAAUGGCAUAUCAACAGAAAUACCUUCAGGAUUAUUUACAUUCGGCAAGUGCUGCGCUUUCUGCGAUUACAUGGCAUCCCAAUUUAGAUAUCGUCUCUUUAAACAAUAACAGCAUUUCCAUAUAUUAUGAUAACAUGAUUGCCGAAAAGAAUGAGCUGUUUAAAAUAAUCAAUAGCGCAGAAAAAAAACCAUUAUGGAUUGGCCGUGAAGUUUUGGAGAUAAAGCUUCAAUCCAACAAUGAAAAUUAUGUGCACUUUUAUAGUCAUUGCACAAAGCCCUCAGCGCUGUACAGCAAAGGAGCUGUUACGAUUUUCGGUAUAAAUUUGACACCGGAAACAGUGACUACUAAUCUAAAAGGUCUUAAAAUAAAAAUUCUUCACAAGUAUAUUUUAUUACCAGAGUUUGAAACUACCAAUAAAAUGUUUUCAGAGAAAGUUUUAUUAAAUAAUAAACCACUUAAUUUAAUAAAUGACAAAAACUUGCCUAAUAUCUAUCCAGAAAUUAUUAUCAAUCCUGACGGCCUUGAACUAGAACUGCCUUCUGGCGGUAUAGGUUUCUGGAUUAUACCCAGUGCAAAGGUAAAAGCUUGCACUUGCUCUGAAGAGGAAAUAAUCGAGAACAAUACAGUAAAGAAAUUAUCGAAACGGCAUGAAAAUAGUAUCCAACAAUCCAAUCAAGAAGAAGAAGAUAUAAAUCAGUUAAAUUUAAAAAAUAAAAAGAUUUACGAUAAACAAGAUAGCAAAAAACAAGAAAACGUAAAAAAUAUAAAAAAUGAAAGUCAACAGAGAGUCUGGAAUUCUAAAUUAUUUGAAAAAAUAAAAAAAAUUUUACAAAAAAGGCUACAAAAGACAGAUAAAAAUGAAUCCUCGCAAAGAUCAUUCACAAUCAAUUUGAGAAAACAAGAAAAUUCAUCUGAGGAAGAACAAGAUUUAGAUAAAAAAAAUUUUAAAAGAACGGAAAUUAAUGACAAGUUUAAAAACAUUCAGGAUUUAUUAAAAAAGUAUAAAAGGAUUUUAUUAGAGAAGAAGACCGUAAUGGAAACCAGAAAUAUUCAAUAUUUCAAAUUAGAAAUCGAAAAUAUUGAUAAUGUUGUAACAUUAAUAUCAAAGAUUGAUGCUUUUAUCCUUUAUAAAAUUACUUCAAAGGAACCAGAUACGAGCGAAAUUGAAGACAAAACAAAGAAUGAAAGAGAAGAAGAGUCAAUAAUUAAAAUAAAUAAAAAAUUAAAAGAAUAUUUAAGCGAAUUAGAAAACUCAGUUGAAAUAAAGACAAAUAUAAUAACAAAAAUAAAAAAAUAUUUCAAUAAACUAUAUAAUUUAUUAGAAUACAACGACUCAACAAACGACAACAAAAAUAAUCAAGUUCAUGAAUAUUUAAUAGAACAAAAAAAAUUUAGAAGACAUUUGGAUAAAAAAUCGGAAAAUUCUCAAAAAAAUAAUAUACUUGAAAAACGCUCACGAAUAAAUAACUUAAAAGAUUAUGCAAUUAAACAGAAGUUACAGAAAAUAAAACAGAAAAAUAGUGAUAAUAUUGAUAAUUUAAAAACGAAUUUUAUUAAUAAUAAAAAUAAAUAUAACAAUCACCUUCAACAAGAUCCUGUUACAAGACGUUUCAAAAGCAAUGCUUUUGAAAAUGCUAACCGUCAUAUUGAUAAUCAACAUGUAGUCCAAGAAUAUAAUAAAAUAAAAAAUAAUAAUAUCUAUAGAAAGCACUCUAAAAUUGGUGAUAUGGAAAAAUAUCAAAAUUUAAUACAAGGACCUGAAAGGAUAAAGAGGGACAUUAAAGAAUUGGUUGAGAUAGAUCUGAGAAGAGAUAGUGCAUCCGAGAAACAUUCAAGAGAUGAUUUGACAAAUUACGUAAAUGAAAGAAAGAUGAAGCUGAAAGACGAUAUCAGAAGAGAAUUGUUGCGGCCAUUUAAUCCAAGAACUGAUAGCAACGAAAAUAAUUUUCAUGACUUCUUUCGGCGAGAUCCUGUCAAAGGAUUUCCUGAGGGUGACAUUUUUGUGACUGCAGAGGAUUCGUUAGAGCAAAAUGAUGAAGGUUACGAUUAUGUUAAAGAUAAAAACGAUUGUAAUGACAGUUCAAAAAAGAAUACACAACACAGUCAAAAAUCGGAAUUAGACUAUGCAAAAGAUAAUACUUGGAUUGAAGAAAUUAAAGAUGAUCAUUGCGAUUACAUGCCAAAUAAAUUUUUUGAAAAUAUAAAAUUAUCUAAUAUGAAAAUAAAAGAAAACUCCAAAAAUUAUGAUGAUCUAGGAGAAGCAGAAUUUCUUUCUAAAGUACAUAAUACCAAUAAUAAUGAUAAUGAUAAUAAAAUUGCUAUUACAGAAGUUAUUCAAAAACAACCACUUAAUAAAGAAAACAAAAGGCAUAUUAAAGAAACGAGAAUUCAACGAUUAGUUCAUCAUUACGAUGAUUUAAAAAAACAGGAAUAUAAUCAGGAUACAUUACAAUCAGUUUCGAGAUAUCCUUCGACGUCUUUUGAUCAAUUUCUUAAAAUACCAAAUUCCAAUAUUAAUUAUCAAGAAUCAAACGUAGAACUUAAAGGAGCGAAAUUGCAAAUGGAACCAGAAUCAAAAUUUACAAAUUCUUUUUAUCCAUCUUCUGAAGCUUCUACUGUCAGAUAUAAUUAUAACGACAAUUAUCAAACUUCAAGUAAGCAUUACGAUAUAUUAAAAGAUAAAAAUGGCUUUGAUAAAAAUAUAGACAGUAAUGAUAAUAUUCAUACAAAAGCAAGUGAAUAUUCUACACCUAAUACAUAUGCAGAACAUUCUAUUUAUAAUAAAAUUUUUCAUAAUAAAAGAAAUAAAAGAGACAAUUGGGAAAAGCUUCGAAAGCUUUUUGUUGAAGAAAUGAUUCAAGAAGAUGAAGAAAACGCAAAAGAUUGUCAUUGUAGAGUCAUUCGAGAUUCUGAUUCGCCGAAAAAACGUAAUAUUUCAGUUAUACCUAUAACAAAAGUUAUAGAUACUUCUUCAGAAAAUAAAAAUAUGAGUGCAAACGUAGCACAAUUCCAGAAUGAUCUUGCAGAAGAAGAAUACCAAAAAAUUAUGGCAGGAGAAAUACUUUCAAGUACAAGCGAAAUUGACCCUGAUUAUGAAGAAACUGAUACAACUACGAAAUCUGUAAUCACAGAAUUAAGAACAUUGGAUCAUAAACUGAGCGAGACAACGGAAGCGAUUGAUGUAACUUCAAUAUUAGGACUGGACAAUGUUUCUAAACAAUAUCAUAAGGAGAAGAAAUCUAUUACUAAUCUAUUACCUGUGGACUCAGAUUCAAAACUUCCUCCAAAUAAUAAUAGUGUUAAAUAUAUCACAAAAAAAAUGUUUUUUCGUACCCAAUUACCAGACAUCCAAUCAGAAAACAAGACAAAAACGUACGAUUCUUUCCAAAUUAUUUCUAAAAUUUCUUCAGAAAAUAAGGAUCCUCGGGAAAAAUGUAUUAUCUCGACUACUAGCGACGCCCAAAAAACAACCUUACAUAACGAAAAAGUACAAGAACUCAUCAACAAAAAGAAAAAAUCCGACAAUUCAAUCUAUCCAACAAUCACCGAAGAUCAGAAAAACAAAAAGGGGCACAACAAUGAUUGUGAAAUUGAAUUGAAGUCAACCAAUUUUCUCAAAGAAACAACAAAAGGAAUUGUCGAGCAAGUAACAACGAAAACAAUUUUAUUAAAGCGAGCAGCAAAUACUGCAAUCGAUAACACAAAAUCGAAUGAAUCAAUAACAAAAUCAAAGUUAUUACAAAAUACAGAAGACAAUCAGAACAGUGAAUCUGUUUGGAUGCAAUUGGGGAAAGAUGCUAACACGAGAAAAUUAAAGAAUAUACUGCAAAAUCUUCCUCGAACAUCGUUAGAAGGACUUACUAAAUACGAAAAAAGUUUUACUAAACGCACAGAACGCAUUGAUAAACUGAAAGAAAAAUUAUAUGCAAGACGGGAGAAAUUGUUGCAACAAAAUCAAAAUGAGCUAAUGAAAAUUGCUGACGAAGAGAAAAGAAAUUUGAAGAGAAGAGAAGCAUGGGAAAGACUUCGUGGCAGUGAUGAUUUUCAAUUGAUCGAUCCAAAGUUUAUUGGAAUUCUGCUAGAUGACGAUGUUACCUACAAAGAUGACGAUGUUACCUAUGAAGAUGAUAAUGAAAGUUGUUUAAUUCUUAUCAUGCUUAUUCCUAAACAAUAUAAGAAUAUUAUAGAUCAAAUAUAUUUACCUGAAGAAACAAAGAAAGUACAUUAUCCGGAAUAUAACAAAUAUUACCAGGUUCUUCGAAACUUAAUCGAUGAUGAUGAAGAACUAGUAGAAACGUCUAAAUCAUCGGAAUUCUUCGAUCGUGAAGACAAUCAAGAUUGUCGAUAUUCCUCAAAUACAAUUGAAGAUGAACAAGGAUCAACAGAAACUGCCUCUAGACUUUUUGAUCAAAAAGUCUUCAUAAUUGACCCGUCGACAUAUUAUGGUGGUGAACCAAUUUUACAGCAGGACGACGUAAAACUUCCGAAAUACCAAUCAAAAAUUAAAUCUCAAAUUCAAUAUCCAAGAUGGACAUUAAGAGAUAUUCAUGAAAUUCUUACAAAAUUAAAAUCUAGCAAAUCCCAACAUCAAGUUUCUAAAUCACAAGAAUACAUAGAAAAGUUGCCAAUCAAGGACUAUUAUAAUCAAGAACAUUCUAAUAGUUUACACGUUCUAGAUAAGCAAAAACAAUAUAAUCUAUCAAAAAAACUUGCAGCACUUGUACAAGAAUUGUUAAUUUCUCUUUAUCAAAGAGAUGUCAAUCAAGCUAGCAAUAAAGAAGCAGAUAAAUUAAACGAUAUGCAUAAAAAUCUUAAAACAGAUAAAGAUAAUUUGAAUUCGAUGUUUGCAAUAAAUAAAACAAAAUUUAUAAGAAGUUUUGAAAUUGAAAGAAACAUAGAAAAUACGGAAUUUGACAGUUCCAAUAACAGAAAAAAAGACAUAAUGAAUUCGGAAACAAAUGAAAAUGCUGAAGAUGUUGUAAAAACUAAAAAAACUGAAAACAUUGAAAUGAUAAAGCAUGAAAAAAUUAAUAAAUCUUACUCUAAUUCAAAUGAUAAAGCGGAAAAUUUGAAUAUUACAAUGUUUAACAAUAAUAAAACAGUUGAACAUGUUGAAAAUAUCAUUAAGAAUAAUCCUAACAAAAAAGAACUUGGAGAAAAAAAUUUACGAUUAUCGACAAUUCUACCCUAUCCAUCGUUAUAUAAUGACGAACAUCUUAUAAAAGAUAAUUCAAAAAGAUCACUCAUUUUAUUAAUGCCAGUUCGACAAACACAAAAUGAACAUGAAAAGUCAAAGGAAAUGGUUCAAAAAACAAAGCGUUGCGAUACACGUCGGAGAAAUAGAUUUUUAUUAUUAUCGACAAAAGAAAAUAAUAAUAGAACGAGAACCGCUAACAAAAAUAUCAAUGUGGGAACCUUCCAGCAAAAUUCAAAUGAUCAUACUACAAAAAACACAAAAUAUUCUCAGAAAAACUCAGCAACAUCAAAAAGAAUGGUAGCUGCUACAAAUGAAGAUAAAACUCUUCUACGAUCAUUUAACGAUAAUCUAAAUGCGAAGGAUGUAACUAUAAAUUUGAAAUUUCCAGAAAAGGCAAAGAAAUGUAAUACAGAAAAAUAUAUUUGUCAUUGCGAAGAGGACUGUUCUUCUAGCUCAUCAAAAGAAAGUUCUUCAAAAAUAUUAGGUUCCUCCAAAGACAAACCUGAAAGAAUAAAUCAUCAAAGACUAACAAAACAUAAAAACGCAAAAGCAAAUAUCUUACAACAACAAUCGCCAAAAUUAUAUCAUGAAAAUCCUUAUGAAUUGCCUUUUUCUAAUUUAAUCAAUUAUUUCCCAAUACAAUCUUAUCCAGAAAAAAUGAACAUCCCGCCUGUACCAAUUCUAUAUGGCAUAACGCCAAAUGUUUUAUCUCAUAUGGUUGGAAAUGAAGGAAAAUAUGUUGACGUCGGAAUCCCUUUUAUUCCAUUUCAGGACAGGCAAAAUUAUUUAGUUGAAAAUAAUCAAGAUCAAUCGGUUAUUCAUAAAAAACCGUGCAUUUGCUCACCUGUAAUAACCGAUUCGGUUGAAAGUUCCAUGUCAGUUACUAAUUCACCUUCGACAGAUUAUGUUGAUGUGAUAACUAGUAAGGAAACAACAAAUGAUCUUGAGUCAAACAAUCCAAUUGGAGUCACUGAAGAAGAUCAAGAACAUUCUCCUAAAUUAACCACAGAAGUUCCAAAUAUAGAUGCAUCAGCUGAUUCAGAAACAGAAACUAAUUUAAAUUAUUUGACUGAUGCAACGGAAGAAGAUGACACUAUAAGUCCUUCUAAUUUAAAGAAAAUUGUGCAGAAAUCAAACGAUUUUACCGAACAAACGGAAAGAAAUCUAGAUGAUCUUUUUAAGUCAACGACAUAUUCGGUAGAUGAUGUUGAUACAAGCAGCGUACCAUUCGUUACCAAUGAUAUAACAAAUGAUGGAAAAUUUAUUAACAUGGAAGAAUGCAUAAAACUAUUUGGUCGCGAUGUGUGCGUACUCAGUGCAAUAUCACCAAAAAUAUUUGCUAAACAGGCACAAGAAAAUAAUCCCAACAAGUAUUCUGCGAUUAGAAUUCCGGAAUAUGUCACACAAAUAUCCCCUAGAGAUGACAUUAAUCAUUCAAAUAAACUCAAAGCGACUGAUCCGUACUUUGCAUCGGAGUCAUCCACUAAUGAAAUCAGUAAGUCAAAUGUUAAUGUAAAUGAAUAUCUUGAAUCAACAAGUAUAAAACCAAAUGCUGAUAUCGAGGAAGCUUCUCUGCGUCAAUUUCAUCCAGAAUCUACGAAACAGAUUUCUAAGUCAGAUAUUAAUUAUGAUAAAAAUACACCGUUUAAUACUGUAAAAAAUACACAUACUUCAAUCAAGAAAUUGAUGGAUCCGACAAUUGACAAAACUACGACGACGGGAAAAAGAAAAUUAUUAGGAAAAAGUAAAAAUCAUAAAACUAAAUUAUUGUUAAAUCCAAAUGAUGAGAAAAUAAUAAAUCCAACAUCAAGUGAGAAAGUUCUUUACUUUACUCCUUCAUAUGAAUCUAACAGUGAUGAAGAAGCAAAUAAUUCGAAAAUUAAUCAACAGAAUCAGGUAACAAAAUCUAAUUCAAAUACUUCUCAAGAAGAGACAACAACAGUUAUUAGUUGCGACUUUAAAUCCGAUCCUAAAAAGCAAGAUAGAAACUGCCUAAAAGAAUCAAAUACGAAUAUUUAUUCUAAAAAGAAAACCCCUCAAGAACAUUUUGAAGAAGAAACUACAACUAGCUCUAAUUCCAAAACUAAAGAUAAUUUUGUAGAGGAAAUAAAAAAAGAAAUAAUAGGAAUAGAAACCAGCAUCAAACCAGAAGAGGUUCCUCAAGAACAAUCUACGACAAUGCAAUAUUUCAACGACAAAAAAUUAAGUAAUUUAAACAAUAAGGAAAGUACCACCAAUAAUAUCAAAACGAUCGAUUCAUCAACAAAUAAAUUACCAUUUUGUGAUAAUACCUUGCUUUUAAAUUCUAUCAGAAAGGUCAUUAAUGACUUUACGUCGAAUACUCGUUUAACUAAAACAAAAGAUUUUGAUGAAAAUAUUCUUCAGACGCAAGGUAAAAAUUUACUGCCAGAAAUUCUGCAAGUUCCGAAUUUAAAGGACAUCUUGUCGAUGCCGCAGAUAGAAAAUACAAUCGUAGACAAAGUAAAAGAUGUUUUAUCCUACGUUACAGCUAUUCCUAGAAAAGAUUUCACAAACGAUUGGUCACAUGGUGUAAUUAAAAACACUCUACACAGCAUAUUGGGUACACUUUCUGGUUUUCAUCACAAACUUUCACCAAUGAUGCUCGAAGAGCAUCAAUUUAAAGAUGGACAAUGGAAAACCAAUUUAGUGACCUUAGCACCAAUUUUGAACCAAAAGUUAUCGAUAGCAAUACCGAAAAAUUUGCGUGAAAGCAUCAAAGAGCUUUUAAACUCUCCGGCAAUUGCAUCGCAAAUAGACCAGAAUAUUGUGCGGAAUAUAAUCGUACAAAGUGUGAAAAAUAAUUUAUCUAACGAUAAAGAUGAUGAAAUAGAUGAUUUGAUAAUUCAUGCACUAAAUGACAUUCUUCAGAUGUCAAAAAAUUCAGAAGAUACGUUAGAACAAAGUAACGAAAUUAUUAGUGACGAGGCAGAUAUGGAUAUGAUUAAUAUGCAAGAAAUAUCAACAAGUAAUUACAAAAUAGAAAACAAUAUUGAUAAUUCAAUAUUGAAUAGCAAACAGAAUCUUGAUGUGAAAAAACAAGAUACAAAAAUAGACAAUAAAGAAAUACAUACCACAGAUAAUCAGAAAGCUAAGAAAUUAGAAAAUAAUGCAAACAUACUGACUAUUUCUGAAUUUCCGCAAAUAUUACAUUUAUAUGAGAAAAAAGAAAAAGAGGAAUCAACAAAUGAAGAUAAAAUAAAAGAAGACAUUAGAGAUCAAACUUUAAAAAAGAUAGAUGGACAAGAUGAUGCAGAAAAAGAAAUAGCUGAAUCACUGAAACCCAAAAUAAUUUAUCACAAAGCUAUUUUACAAAAUAAUCUUGGCGUAUUAGAGCCAAAUUCAACAGAAGCUGGACAAUACACAAAAAAUCAUCCUAUCGAUAAAGAAAGUAAUAAAGAAACAAUAACGAUAAGGAAUUUUAUACAAAAAACACCCAAUUACGUAUCGGAUAAUAAAAUUUUAGAAAAUAUAGUAGUAGGAGCUAAAGAUGUCGAAGAAAAAGUAAAUCAUACAUUAAAUGGAAACACAUUGACUGCUACAACUAAUAACAUUGAUCCACUAAUAAUAUUAGAAAGAAUUAAGUUUAAUUUUCCACCAAUAAAGUAUUAUUCGCCUGAGAUUUUAAAAUAUGCAACAAAUCGUAUCGAUGAUAAAAAUGUUGAAAUUACAACAGCGCCCAUGAACUUUAUACAAAAAUCUUUAUCCAAUUAUACACAGGACGACAUGCCUUUGCAAAAUACAGCAGAAACUAAAGACGAAAAUAAAAUAGAAUAUCUAACUACUACAGAUGCUAAUUUAAUUUCAUCCACAAAUGAAGAAUAUAGACCUAGAAUUAUUUCUUUAACAGAUAAUAUUUUAGAACCGCAACAGCAGAAUUUGAUAGAAAAUAAUAUUAUUAAAAUCCACGAAGUUACUACGGAGAUUCAAAGAACUUACGCAAAAACUACGUACUUCAAGGCAGGACUUUCUGGUGAUGAUAGUUCAAGAACUAAUUCGCCUUCAUUAACUGGUGAAACUACAAAUAUAUCUAUAAAUAACGAUAAUGAGAACAGUAAUGGCAAUAGCGAUAAUGAUAAUAACAAUCUAAUUAACAAGAUAAAUAAUAAUGAAGAUAUCGCAAAAGCAAAAAAAGUUAUCGUUUCUUCUUCUAAAUCGGCUGCCUUAAACGAUAUCUACUCUGCUCAGUUAUUUCCUUCAUCAAUUGCUUCCGAUGAUAUCUCAGAGCUUCAGAAAUCGCAACUUUAUUACAUCAAUGAUGGCGUGAAACUACCGCUAGAGAUAAAGAGAUUGGAAGAUGGUUCUUAUGCAUUAUUGAUCUCCAAAAAUGUAUGCGAGCAGAUUCUAACACGAAAAUGUCCCUGUUGCGUGCCGCUGCAAGGACAUAUAAUUCGAUCAUCAAAAAAUCAUCAACAAGAUGUGCAUGCGAUGACAACAAAUACGGAAAAGAAAGAUCAAGAAAAUAUAUUAGGAAGUAACAGUUUUCCAUUUCAACCAUCUAAUACAGCGACGAGAAGAAACGCCUUGAGAAUACAAAAUUUAAAGAAAGAAAAAGAAGAAAAAGAAAUAAAUAACGAGCACCAUUUAUGGAAACCAAAUGAUGAUAAUUUCGCAAUGAUUUCAAUGCCUGUCAUCGAUUUCGCAAAAAAAUAUAAUUUAUUGCUUGAUUUCAAUGAAGAAAGAGUAUUAUUAAAUAAAACCGAAUUGCAAAACAAAAUACUAAAUUAUAAGUCAAUAGUAAACUCCGUAGAAGGAUUUAAACGUCAAUCAGACGAAAAGAAUGUUAAUAAUUAUGACAAUAUAAAAAAAAAUGGAUUAUUGGAUGAAAACAAAUUAUUGUAUGAAAAUAACGACGCAAUUGAUGAAUUUUCAGAUUUGAUAAAUUCUCGCAAGAAAAAGAAUAUUCCAAAUAUGAAUUUCCCAAUAUCUCCAAGUACUAAAAAAUGUUUUAAUUUGAGAAAGAAUUCUGAAGAAUUUGAAAUACAAAAGGCAGAUACAGAAAAGAAUCAGUCAAAAAUAGAUCAAGAAUUAAAGCUAUCUGAAGUUGAAAAUACAAACAAUGUUCAAAAUGUGAAUAUUGUAAAUUCCGAAAAUCAAGGGAACCCUGUUCUUAAAGAAAUUAAUAUUUCUGAAGAAUCCAAAAUGAGUAAAGAAGAAGAAAAAUCGGACAAAUUAUUGGAUACUGCAGAAGAAAAUUUUAGAGGAAAUAUUGGAAAGCCGUAUAGAUAUCAACGAAAUGCGAAUUACGUUGAAAAUAAAAGAACAGAACUAGUAAAAUCGAUGCUUUAUUGGCUUAAAGGACUUUUCGUAGAUAAUUAA